AUGAAUGUGCACGUUAACCCCACACCCACUGAAUUGGACGUCUGCAGCCCCACGCCUACAACUCCACGCCUACAACCCCACGAUUACAACCACACGCCCCUAACCCCACAGCCACAAAUCCACGCCCAUAACCACACAACCCCAUGCCUACAACCUUACGUCUACAACUCCACGCUCACAACCACACGCCCACAACCUUAUGUCUACUACCCCACGCUCACAACCACACGCCUACAACCUUAUGUCUACAACCCCACGCUCACAACCACACGCCCACAACCUUAUGUCUACAACCCCACGCUCACAACCCCACGCCUACAAACCAACGCCCACAACCCGACGCCUACAACCCCAUACCCACAACCCCACGAUCACAACCCCACCACCCACAACCCAACGCCCACAACCCCACGCCCACAACCCCGCGCUUACAACCCCACGCACCACAACUCUCAUAUAACACUCCAACUACCCCCCCCACCCCCACCCCCACCAACAUACCCCUAG